CGGGCAGGUAUGAUCUAUCAACUACCUGGCUGUAAGUAAUAAGUAUCAAGCAGUUGGUCAGCUGACGUAGCCUGGUAAAGACGUGUGUCUCUUAAGAAACUGUGAUGGUGGUUUACGAAAGUCGUUGGAAUUACUGAGCAAAGUUGGCCUCUCACGUACCCAGACACCACAAUAACCCUAUCUGCACGGAUUAAACCCAGGAUGACGUCACUGAGUACGGUAGUCCUACUGGCCACAGUUUUGGCUGGGUGGACCAACGCCGAAAUUGUUUAUCCUUCACCAAAUGUGGGCGAGAAUGACUCUGAAUUCUGGCUGGAGUUGGGAAGAAAGGAGAUCGAGGAAGCACUGCAACAGCCAAAGCUCACCAACGUGGCCAAAAAUGUCAUUCUCUUCCUGGGUGACGGUAUGGGGAUCACGGUAAACACGGCAGGGCGCAUCUUGAAGGGCCAAAAGAAAGGAAACUCUGGGGAAGAAGGCUACUUGGUCUGGGAGAGAUUCCCAAACAUCGGCUUAAUGAAGACAUACAACCUGGACAAACAAGUUCCAGACAGUGCUGGAACUGCCACAGCCUAUCUCUCGGGGGUGAAGGCCAACUUUUACACUUUGGGUGUCAAUGGAAAAGUGAAACUGGAUGACUGCAAGGCUUCCCUGGAAAGCGACAACAGAGUGAAAACUGUUCUGGAUUGGGCCCAAGAUGCUGAUAAAGACACAGGUGUGGUGACAACGGCCCAGGUUUCCCAUGCAACUCCCGGUGGACUGUACGCAAAAUCGGCUAGUCGAAAGUGGCAGUGCGACACCAUUAUGAAGAAAUAUGAAGGAGCUUCGGCUUGCAAGGACAUUGCAAGGCAACUUGUUGAGGACGAACCAGGCAGGAACAUGAAGGUGAUUAUUGGCGGAGGACGUCAGGAAAUGGGCAACCCCAAGAACGAUGGAGAGAAGAAGAAAUGUUCCAGAAGCGACGGCCGCAACCUAGUGAAGAAGUGGCAGCAGGAUAGGGAAGCCGAGGGAAAGACCAACGCCUACGUCACCACAACCCGGGAACUGCGCGACAUAGAUGUGAACAAUACGGACUACAUCAUGGGUUUGUUUGGAGACCUGCACGUGCCUUACGAAGUCGACAGGAACGAGAGUUUGGACGGGACCCCCCACAUCAGAGAGAUGGUGGAAGUGGCCAUCAAACGUCUGCAGAGAAACGAUAAGGGCUUCUUCUUGCUGGUUGAAGGAGGAAGGAUCGACCAUGGCUUGCAUUAUGGCAUGCCUAAAAGGGCACUUGAGGAACUGGUGGCCUUCGAGGAAGCAGUGGAAAGGGCUUUGGAAAUGGUUAACCUCCGGGAGACGCUGGUCAUCGUCACAGCUGACCACUCCCACGUCAUGACAAUCAAUGGCUAUCCAAAGAGAGGAAACAACAUCCUAGGUAUUGUCGAAACCAGUGACGAUGUAUCAGAUGGACUUCCAUUCACAACUCUGAUGUUUACCAAUGGUCACGGGUACAACUUCACUUGGGAUGGCCAUGGCGUAACGAGGCGAAACCUUACAGGAAUCGAUACAUCUCACAAGGACUUCGAGCCUCUGGCUGCCGUGCCGACAUUUGAGGGCUCUGAGACUCACGGAGGGGAAGACGUUGCUGCAUAUGCUUUGGGUCCAAUGGCUCACCUGUUCCAUCGAGUUCACGAGCAGACCCACGUAGCGCACGUCAUGGGGUACGCAGCCUGCAUCGGUCCCUACGAAGACUGUGGUCGUCCGGUAAACAUUCCCGCCAAUGUCUAUGAAACAGUGAAGGGACAGGUGAGAGAGAAGCACUUUUGGACAUCGUCUGCCGCAACGAACGGUGCCAGUCUUGUCGGAAUGCUUCUGUUGGUCUUGUUUCAGGUCGUGAGAACUGCCAGCAACUGCUAGAUUCGCUAAUCCAUGAACGCGAAAGGGAAAGCUUUAUCAUCUUAAGAGAUAUUUAUGAAUAUUUGUUUGCCAAGCAUUGGCGGAAUACUGAAGAUAAUCUUGGGGUUUUAAGGAAUCCUUUCCCAACUUAUUUAUUGGAAAGAAAUUUCCCAAAAGAAAUAAUAUAAUAGUAUAAGAGUGCGGUUCCUUGCAAGGAGAAAUUUCUGUUUUUACAAUGUACAAUAUUUGAGAUUAGGAUCUGACAAUGGAGGUCCUUUCUGUUUGUCAGAGGUAAUCUUUAACAGAAUUCAAUGCUGGGCAAAUGAAUCUUCCAUUUAUUUAUUAAAAUAAUUAAACAAACCUCACAUUGUUAGAAUCAUAUUUUUUACUGAAAUAUUCAUGUACAUUUCCAGCACUGCGUGAUCAUCUAUAAUUAGAAUUGUGACCUUAACUUGGUUGCAAGGUUCAGCGGGGUAUUCAAACUAUAUAGUUUUAGUAUCAAAUAUUUUUAGUAUCAAAUGCCUGCAAUGCAGUGUGCAAUAUCAUACUAGUUCUUUCUGGCGCAUGGUGGUUGUGUAUUUGAUUUUAGUGAGAUAACUGACUCUUAAAUUUGUUCUUGAAAAAGUGCAGAUGGCAUCUGAAGAGGGUAAAAAGAAUUUGUAAAUAGGGGAGGAGGCAAUACAAACGAAAAAGUGCCUGGUGGUCUUCCAAGCCAAAGAUUGGAAGGGAAAUACCCACAAAUAUUUUUGUCAAAUGCCAUUUUUUAUCACACUUCAGAUCAUGUCUUGAAUCGUGACCUUGCUGGGACGUUUAAUUUUAACUUUGACCCUCAUAAAAACCUUAUUUCAUUGCGUGACAGAAGUUCAGUUUCAUUAAUGAUUCGAGGAGAUUUUAAUUUGUCAUAUUCAGAUUUAGUUUGUUCUCAUCCAUUUGAAUUCCAUGUUAUCAGUCUUAAUAUCAUCCAUUUUGUCUGCUUUGUCAUAUUUCAUCCAUUGCUGCUUUUAAUUCUUCCAAAGAAAUUUUUUAUUGUGAUUCGAAACACAGGUCCCUGUGAAUCAUUCUCACUUGUGACCAAUAGCCACUGAAAUGAAGACGAGAUUAACUUAGAUAUAUCGGCCAUAUUUUCUCGAGAGAUUAUUUAUGAAGGUACAAAAUAGAAUACAGUUUGGGCAAUAAUUGUUUCAAGGAUUAUUUAUGUCUGUGUGCUAUUGUACUGUAAAUAUUAAAAUGAAAUUUUUUUAACA